AGUCGUGGCCGCGACUUGGACGCGGUUGUUCUUAGACGUAGAGGGAUUAUCGCGCGGCUCGUCCCCCGCACUGUCUCGCUCGAUCUCUUUCCUCGGUCCAUCCCUACCACUUUUGUUGCCUCUGGUCACCGUCGCUGUUGCAAUCCCGUACAACCGCUGUGACCGAGGUCUGUAAAGUCCAAAGAGCCGCGGCGAACAGAACGAGACGACAUUCCUGCACGAUCUGUCCGCGGAAAUUAAAAUAUUGCGGCGAUCGAAAAAAAAAAACAAGAAAAAUUGUGCACGAUCAUACACGCAUGUACGUGCGAUUCCACAUACACAUUCCCACUGCCGCGUGCGCGCCCGCGCGCUUCGAUGCUCCUGUUGCUGUCGCAUCGUAAUCCCGAAAUAGGAUCAAGGAUAACGACGUCAUAAAUUUUUUCGCGUUUACGUGCUACGGCGCCGUACGAGAGUCGAGAAACCGGUCAGUUGCACAUUCAAAUACAGAUUUUCAAGAAAAUACACUUUAACUUUUCGCUUCUUGCAAAAUGGUUUCAUUAGUGGCAAGCAUCAGAGCUACGAGCUCUCUUUAUCAUUUCUGCGCUUGUACCGCAAGGACAUUGACUACGAAUGCGAUGCCAAGUCCUAAGGAUGAGGCGAAAGAAGUAAUCGUCAGUUACUUGGAUGGCAAAGACAAUGGUAUUGCUGUAUUAGGAUUAAACAGGCCUGCUGCUCGUAACAGUUUCGGAAAGACCUUGAUUUCUCAGUUGAAUGAAGCACUGGCCUCUAUUAGACAAAAUAACAAGCUGAGAGUGCUGAUAGUACGCAGCCUGGUCCCAAAAGUAUUUUGCGCUGGGGCAGACCUGCGAGAGAGAUUUAAAAUGGAUAAUUCUGAGGUGCUGCAAUUCGUGUCCUCGCUGAGAGAACUUAUGACCGACGUAGAGACUCUGCCAACGCCGGUGAUAUCGGCCAUCGACGGUACAGCAUUGGGCGGAGGAUUGGAGCUCGCGCUAGCUAGCGAUAUCAGGGUAGCUUCUUCCGAAGCGAAGAUGGGCCUUGUCGAGACUAAAUUAGCUAUAAUCCCAGGCGCCGGCGGAACGCAGAGACUUCCGAGGAUAAUCGGAACAGCCAAGGCUAAAGAAUUGAUUUAUACUGCACGGAUUCUGGAUGGUGAGCAGGCGCUGCAAAUCGGUCUCGUGAACGAAGUAGUUUCACAAAACAAGGUCGGCGAUGCAGCUUAUCAAAUGGCUCUUUCAAUCGCGAGAGAAAUUUUGCCCAACGGCCCCAUUGGUGUUAGAUUAGCAAAAGUAGCGAUAUCUAAAGGUAUGGAGGUCUCUCAGGAAGACGGUAUGGAGAUCGAGGAACAAUGUUACAGCAAGCUUGUGAAUACGAAGGAUAGAAUCGAAGGACUUGCCGCUUUCGCGGCGAAGCGCGUUCCUAUCUACCAAGGAGCGUAAAAAUUCGCAGUGCCGUAAUAAGCACUUAAUUCAUAAAUAAAGAACAUUUUGUAUGCAUUUUAUAUC